AUGCAAUGGAAGGUUAAAGAGUCCCUCUCAAGAAGGCAGUUAAUUAUGAUGAGUGACAAGGAUCAUGAGACAGUUGCGGCGGCGUGCCCCACCGGAAACCCCAUCGACGACUGCUGGCGAUGUGGCCCCAAUUGGGCAUCCAACCGCCAGCAGUUGGCCUCUUGUGGCUUCGGUUUUGGCCGUGAUGCACUCGGCGGCCAAGGCGGCCCUGUCUACAUUGUCACUGACUCGUCCGAUGAUGAUGCCUCCUUGAAUAAGCCCGGCACGUUCCGGUAUGGUGUGUCCUUAAAUCAACCUCUUUGGAUCAUCUUCUCAAGUGAUAUGACUAUAAGGCUGAAGGACAAGCUAAUGAUGAGUAGCUUCAAGACCAUCGACGGCCGUGGUGCAGACAUGGUUACUUCCACAUCGUUGUGGACUUCGGGCAUGCAAGUGACAGUGGCAUUGAACCAUUUUGAUGAAGGGUUGGAGCAGAGGAUGCCGAGGUGCAGACAUGGUUACUUCCACAUCGUCAAUAACGAUUACAUGGAAUGGGGGAUGUAUGCCGUUGGUGGGAGCGCAAACCCAACAAUAAACAGUCAGGGGAACCGGUACAUGGCGCCAGCAAACCCGAACGCAAAAGAGGUGACAAGGAUAUUGGACGACACAAUAGGAGACAGUGAGUGGAUGAAGUGGGAUUGGAGAAGUGAGGGGGACAUAUUGGUUAAUGGAGCCUUCUUUGCCCCCUCAGGGGAUGGUUCUGGGGUUAAGUAUGCACUGGCAUCUAGUACUGACCCCAAGUCAGCUAUGAUAAUUGAUCAGUUGACCAUCAAUGCCGGUGUAUUGGGUCCCACCAUUGGUGGCAGUGGGCCAUUGACCGGUACCGGGACUGGUGUAGGAGCAGCUGCGGGUUCGGGCACAGGUGAGGGUUGGGGAAUACCAUUAGUUGGACGAACUGUUUAUGGCGGCAGUGUUACUGCACCAUUGCCACCCUCCAUUUUCUUUUCUUUUCUAAUGGUUAUACUAUGUCAUCUUUACGUUUGUAUCCUUUAA